GCAAACCAGUGAGAGUGAUAAACAGAUAGGUGCCCUUGCCAAUUCACUAAACAUGGCAACAACCGAUGCCAUAUGGGCUCUCUCCACAACCAUGUCACCGCUCAAAUAUUUUCAAGUGGCAUGCGGUUGCGCACAAAAUGGACAACUGAAAUUUCUAACAUGUAGGUGAUUCUUUUGCAGUUAGCAGUUAUCCCAAUUUUGCAAAGCCACAGAUGACAGAUUCGAUCCACAUAUGUGCAUCAGAUAAGCCAAAUAACAAAACUUAUCUAUACUACUAUGUGGACUAUGGUGUGUCAAUUUUGAACUGAACUCAAGUGUCGAUCCUAUCAGUUGGUCUUCUAAAUAUAACGAUUGAGAGCAACCGGUUUUGAGACAGACAGUAACGUGCUGCUCCCUCCACCGUGGUCUAGAAACAUCACAUCAACCUUCCUGUAAAAAGGGCCCAUGCCUCCUGAGCCGUGCUGCAGCUUGAACUGAGUAUGUUGGUCAGCAGAAAGCCGGUUCCAAUCAAUGGGGAUUGCACUUAUACAAAUUCCUCCUUUGUAGAUUCGACAAUAUUUUGCCUUGAAUCAUUUCGCAAGGCAUUCUAUGAUCUUUUUUCCUUUUACCAAAAGCGGUAUAAAAUACUCCACAUAACAGCAAGUUAGGUAUUCCUAAGACUGAUUGACCUCGAUACAUCAUGAAGCACGGUAUCAAUCACUACGACAUGUUAGGUAUUUCCAAGACUGGCACAGCUGACUGGUUAGCAGGAAGGCAUAUGUGGUCAAUUUUUUCAGUUCAUCUCUACAGUACGAAAUUACCAGACCCUACUACAGAUACAGAUCGCAGAACUUCACCCCUUCCCUUCCUUCCCCUGCACCCGUAUCGGCAAAAUGGGACGCCCGCACGGCAGCCGCAACUCCAAAUACGUCAAGAAAGAAAGCGGCGGAGUAAUAACUACUCCCUCCGUCCGGAAAUACUUGUCAUCGAGUAUUUAACCAAAAACUACCACAAUUCGCGGAAACGUGACAGAAAACUACCACUUUACGAUUUUGUCCCGAAAACUACCACUUUUUUAUUAAUCCGUGACAAAAAACUACCAAGUGUGAAAACUGCUCGCUUUGCCUGGGUUAAACGCGAAUCUGACUGCCCGACCCCACACAUAAACGGGCUAAAAAUGCAAUCGGGUCCCUAGUUUUUUUUCAAAAAAGCAAUCGGGUCCUCCGCCUCCUUCUCCUCCUCGUCGCCAGCACAGCCAACGCCACCAACAUCGCCUCCGACAUCACCAGUGAACCCAGCGCCACCAGCGUCGUCCCCUCCUGCUCCGGUGAACCCUGCACCACCAACCCAGGCGGCGAAGGUGGAGGGGCACUGGGCGGCGGGCCUCCUCUACGGCGUCCCCAUGCCCGUCCAGCCCAUGAAGACCAUCGCCGCCGUCGCCCUCUCCGACGCCUCCUUCGGGGUCCCCGAGAUGAUGGCCGCCGGCAUCCUCACCUCGGCGUUCGUAUUCGUCCUCGGGGUCACCCGCCUUAUGAAGCUCGUCUACUGGUUCGUGCCGCUCCCCGUCGUCCGCGGCAUCCAGCUCGCCCAGGGGCUCAACUUUGCCAUGGCCGCCGUCAAGUACAUCCGCUACGAGCAGGACCUGGCGAAGAGCAAGUCCCUCGGUCGGCGCCCCUGGGCUGGGCUCGACGGCCUCGCCCUCGCCAUCGCCGCCAUCUUCUUCGUCGCCCUCGUCAACGGCGCUGGCGACGAUCACAGCACCGCCGUCCAAGAAGAAGAAGUGGCCGUUUGCACCAACGAGAAUCUGAAUAUGCUCUCGGAUAUUCUGCAACCUGGCGAACGCAUCUGCCGGAUACCCACAGAUGUGCUUCCAGACAGGCAUACUACACAAGAACACAAUCUGUUUCGGAGGAGACUGAUACAUUUGCCAACACCGAUGGCAACAGGACACAAGAUCUGA